AUGGACUUGUCCCAUGAUCUGCCUGAUCUCAUGGAUAAUGAGGAUGAUGCCCCAGCAGUCGAUAUCAUUUCCUCUGGGCUCAAGGAUCUUCUCAAAGGAAAAGAAAGUCCUUUAGUCAACUACAACGACGUGUUCCAUCACCUCCAGGCAAGACGUCGCCUCAAACCGUUGGUGGGAUCCGAGUCGGAUGAGGACGAGGCUCCUGCUGCUCAGACAUCACUUGCGACCACUGUCGAAGUUCUUCGACACUCGGAGGAUCCCGAACUCGAGGAUCCAGGAUCGCAGGAAGGUAGUUCAGAUGACUUCAACUCCGACUCUGGCUCGGAAAACUCAGAUGACGAAGAGUCCGAGCACCCUGGUGAGUUCCUACAAGAGUUUGAAGACGGGAAUGUCCAAGAAUUAUCCCUCGAGUCUGCAGCGGAUGUCUGCCUUGACAUGGAUGCUGAAGAUCUUGCCACACUUGACCGAGAUGUUGACUUGGAGCAUGAACAUGACUCAGAUUUGGACACUGAUGAAGAAGGAGGCUUUGUUUAA